AUGGAGACCGCCCAUCUUGAGCACAUCCUCGACAACGCCAAGCCCCACACCGACUUCAUGGAUUCUGCUAAUUUCGGCAAUUACGAUCUUUCUACCGGUCUCGACUACCUGCAGUACCCCCACUCCCCAUUCGCCCUCGGACUUCCUUCAGAGGGCUCCCCCCGCCUCGGGUUCAACUCCCUGAACCUCACCAACGGCAUGAACGAGUACACCUACUCUUCCGGCGGCACCUACAACGGCAGCUCCCCAGGACGCCCCUUCACCCCCAGCAGCAUUUACCCGGGUGCGCUCAACACCCUGAGCGCUGGCGAGCUUUCGUCUGCCGACAGCGUCACAUCCAGCCGUAGUCGCCGCGGAAGCGGAACCCACUCCCCGGGCCCCUCCGUUCCCCCCGGCUCACUCGCCGCCGUACCUCGCUCCCACCGCUUCAACCCCAUCGCUGCCACCGUCACUCGCUCGUCGACGAGGCAGAAGAAGCGCGCCAAGGUCGACGAGUUCGCGAGCGACGACGACGACGACUUCAACCCCGUCUCGACGUCCGCGAACAACGACAUGCGCCGCGAGGAGAUCCGCCGCCAGCGCAUCGAGUCGGAGCAGAGGAGACGUGACGAGCUCCGCGACGGGUACCGCCGCCUGAAGGAUGCCCUCCCCGUGUCGAACCAGAAGUCGAGCAAGGUUUCCUUGCUGGAUCGGGCCACCACACACAUUCGCUACCUCGAGAUGACACAGCAGCAGUUGCAGACGAGACUCCAGCAGGCUGAGUCGGAGACCGCUCGUCUUAGGCACGUCAACGAGGCGCUCAUGCUCGGCACCGCUGAGCAACGCCACGCUGCCGCCGCCUCCGCGGUCGCCGCUGCGCAGCAGGCACCCACCAAUACGGUGUUUUGA